UUCUCAAAAACAUGAUGUUGGAAUGAAAUCCACUGCAGUUUGCGUUUCCGUACCCAUUACCCCUUCUCUCUUUUUCUUCUUCAUCUUAAAAUAUAUAUAAAAAUAAAAUUAAAUAAAAUAAAAAAUUACCGACAAAAUUAAUUCUAGCCCUCUUCUUUCACACCCACUUUCUUUCAUUUUCUUUGAAUAAUUUCUGAAGAACUCUACAUCGAAUCUUGAAUUUUUGUAAGAUGAUCUGGGAGUAAUGAACUCGAAUCGAGUAUCAAACUUAUAUGGAGUUAUGUGUUCGGUGGGGGGUUGCUAAUGGUAGAUUUCAAACAUUGGUCCGCCUACGUUUGGGCUGUUGCAGUAAUGCCGGUCCUCAUUGAAGGUCUCCCGGAUGCUGUUGCCAUCAGAUGUCUAGCUCGAGUCCCAUUCUACCUUUUUCCAAAACUAGAAACCAUUUGUCAGUCCUGGCGGGAUGCAGUUCAGAGCACCGAGUUCUAUAAAGCUCGUGAAGAAGUCAAGGCAACUGAAAAUCUUUUAUGUGUAUGUGCUUUUGACCCGGAAAACGUGUGGCAGCUCUAUGACCCAAACCGAGACAUUUGGAUCACUCUCCCAGUACUUCCUUCAAAAGUUAAAAAUUUGGCAAAUUUUGGGGUUGUUUCAACUGCAGGUAAAUUGUUUGUUUUAGGUGGUGGUAGUGAUGCAGUUGACCCGUUGACUGGGGAUCAAGAUGGCUGCUUUCCAACAAAUGAAGUGUGGUCAUAUGAUCCAAUCAUCCGCCAAUGGGCCCAAAGGGCUCCUAUGAUAGUUCCCCGGAUUAUGUUUGCAUGUUGCGUGUUGGAUGGGAAGAUACUGGUUGCAGGAGGCUUCACAACAUCCUGGCAAUCGAUCUCGAAAGCAGAAAUUUAUGAUCCCGAGAAGGAUGUUUGGGUUUCGAUUCCCGAUCUUCAGCGCACUCAUCGCUCAGCGUGUUCUGGGUUAGUAAUAGGGGGUGAGGUGCAUGUGGUGCACAAGGGUUUGACUACGGUCCAGGUGUUGAAGAACACAAAGGAGGGGUGGAAGGCUUACGAGCAUUCGUGGGUUCAGGGCCUGAUGACCGUUGUUAAUGGUUCGUUAUACGUGAUGAGCCAUGGACAAAUAUUCAAACAAGAGAAUGGUUCAAGGAAAGUGGUCACUACAGCUUCCGAAUUCAAGAAAAGAAUCGGGUUUGCUAUGAUAGGCUUGAGGGAUGAUAUCUAUGUGAUCGGAGGUGUCAUCGGGCCUGAUGGUUGGAAUUGGGAUAUCAAAAGGAUGUCGGAUGUUGAUGUUUUGACACUUGGCAGUGAGAGACCCAUCUGGCAGAAAGCAGCUUCGAUGACUCAGUGUAGGGGAACGAUUUUCGGGUGUGCUGAGCUGAGGAUUUAGAUGUUUUCAGGUUCCUGUUGUCUUUUUAUCUUUUUAUACUAAUGUUGAAGGUUCUAAUUCUCGAAAACCAUAGUAUCGUAUUUUACUUGUUUAAUGGUGUAUACAGUAUAUUUUCGUUGAUCAAUCUAUCUAUUCGAAUCUAUAAUAAGUUAAAUAA